GUGUGGGGGGUAAUCCACGUGCUUGCCCCUUUCAGGGAGUGCUCGGUGCCCCCUCCCCAUGUCAAUCCCACGAUGCCCUUGUCCUGCUGGCUGAGAUCUGUGGGGGUCUUCCUGCUGCCAGCCCCCUGCUGGGUGGCCCGGGAGAGGUUGCUGGGCCCCCUUCGGAGGCCCUGUGUGGUGCGUGGGUACCCAGUCCCGGGGGCCUGGCACAGUGCCCGCUGCCGGUGCCAAGCCAGGACGGAGGAGCCUCGAGCGCUUAGCUCCUCUCUCAGCAUGAACGGGGACCACCAGCCAGAUGUGUAUGCCCAAGCAAAACAGGACUUUGUCCAGCACUUCUCCCAGAUCGUCAAGGUGCUGACAGAGGAGGAGAUGGGGCACCCCGAGACAGGAGAUGCUAUUGCCCGGCUUAAGGAGGUGUUAGAGUACAAUGCCCUUGGUGGCAAGUACAACCGGGGUCUGACAGUGCUGGUGGUCUUCCGCGAGCUGGAGGAGCCCAGGAAGCAGGAUGCCGAGAGUCUGCAGCGGGCACUGACCGUGGGCUGGUGUGUGGAGCUGCUGCAAGCCUUCUUCCUGGUGUCAGAUGACAUCAUGGAUGCGUCCCUCACCCGCCGGGGCCAGCCAUGCUGGUAUCAGAAGCCAGGUAUCGGAUUGGACGCUGUCAAUGAUGCCCUGCUUCUAGAAGCAUGUAUCUACCGCCUGCUUAAGGCCUACUGCCGGGACCAGCCCUACUACCUGAACCUCAUUGAGCUCUUCCUACAGAGUUCCUAUCAGACAGAGAUUGGGCAGACCCUGGACCUCAUCACGGCACCCCAGGGCAACGUGGAUCUGGGCAGAUACACUGAAAAGCGGUACAAAUCCAUCGUCAAGUACAAGACGGCCUUCUACUCCUUCUGCCUCCCCGUGGCGGCCGCCAUGUACAUGGCUGGCAUCGACGGGGAGAAGGAGCAUGCUAAUGCCAGGAAGAUUCUGCUGGAGAUGGGGGAGUUCUUCCAGAUCCAGGAUGACUACCUCGACCUCUUCGGGGACCCCAGUGUGACUGGCAAGAUUGGCACCGACAUCCAGGACAACAAAUGCAGCUGGCUGGUGGUUCAGUGUCUGCAAAGGGCCACGCCAGAACAGCGUCAGAUCCUGCAGGAGAACUACGGCCAGAAGGAGGCUGAGAAGGUGGCUCGGGUGAAGGCGCUCUACGAGGAGCUGAAUCUGCAGGCCGCCUUCAUGCAGUAUGAGGAGGACAGCUACAACCGUCUGCUGAGCCUCAUCGAACAGUAUGCGGCGCCCCUGCCCCAGUCCAUCUUCCUGGGGCUAGCGCGCAAGAUCUACAAGCGGAAAAAGUGACCCAGAGACUGCGAGGGAGGGGAGGUGGACCUCUCAAUAAAUUAUUGUGUGAUCUUUU